GUACCGCUACUAUCACUUAUAGUAUAAUAGCAUAUCUACAGGAAAUUUUAAAGAGCUUUGUACAUUAUUUGCAAUGAACGAUAAAGAGUUUUCAGACUUUUUUAACAGAAAAAUUAACUAUACAAGUUGGAUUAUUCAAAAUAGUAUACUUGAAGUUUGUUCAAAUAUGACAAUAAAUACUAUCAUUAGUGAAAUAAAAUACUGUGGAAUGUACUCUAUUAUGUGUGAUGAAGCAAGAUCUUAUAAAACAGAACAAUUAUCAAUAUGUGUUAGAUACAUUAUUCCUAAUAGCUAUAAUGUAUGUGAACGAUUUAUUGGAUUUUAUGAUGUAUCAAAUGGGAGAGGAGCCGAACAUAUUUUUAUUGAAAUUCUCUCUGUUCUAAAAAAAUUUGGCAUUUCUGAUAUUCCUCUUGUGGCACAAACAUACGAUGGUGCAAACGUUAUGUCAGGAUCCACAUCUGGUGUUCAAACUAGAAUAAGAGACUCUCACCCUGAAGCAAUUUUCAUUCAUUGUAUGGCCCAUAAAUUGAAUUUGGUUGUAACAAAUACUUGUAGAACUAUUAAAGUGCAUAACAAAUAAUAAUAAAUACUUAAAUAAUAUUUAAUACAUUUUUAUGUACGUUACAAUUUAUAAUAUAUGUACCCAUUCUUUUUUAUAAUCAAUUUAAUCAUUAUCUUUUACAGGAAUCUAAUACCUUUUUUAAUACUCUAGAAGCAGUUUAUGUGCAUUUUUCACAGCCUGGCAAAGAUAAGCUAUUACAAGAUUUACAGAAAUCUAUGCAAAUAAAAUCAUUAUCGAUUUCUAGAUUAUGUGAAACGCGGUGGUCGUGUCGUCUUAAAAAUUGUAAAGCAGUACAUAAUAGUUUUGGUGUAAUAGUAAAUAUUUUACAAAAUGAAAUAAAUGAAGAUACAAACAAAGAAGUGGCUCAAGCAAUUGGUAAUAAUUUAAUAUAUUACUUUGUAUUUUAUAUUAAUAUAAGUAUACUAUGUAGACUAUAAUAACUUGAGUAUAAUAUAACUAUAAGACAUUUUGUUCAAAGGUCUUCUGCACAUGUUAAAAAAAAUGUCAUUCGUAUUAUAUUUGUUCAUUUUUGAAGAAAUCUUAGGAAUAAUAGAUAUAUUGAGUAAAAAAUUGCAAAAAAAGAAGGAACAAUUGGAAAUGCUGUUAUUGAAAUUAAUGCUGUGAUAAAAACAAUUCAAAAUAUGAUAAAUGAAAAAUCAUUUGAUGUCUUAUGGAAUAAUGUGAUACAGUUUUUAUUGAAACAUGAUAUUGAUGAUUCACAUAAUACACCUGGACCUGGUGUAAUUAUGUCAUCAAAAAGAAAACGAAAAGAAUCUAUUAAACUUAAAAGUUUUCAUGUGUCUGUUACAACUGGUGCUGGAGGAAAUGACAUCUGUAAUCAAGGUGUUGACAUGAAUAGAACAGAAAACUAUAAACAAUAUUGGUGUUCUCAUGCAUAUUAUGCUGUAUUGGAUGCAAUUAUAGGCCACUUUGAGUUAAGGUUUUCAAAAGAGAGUUUGGAACUUGCAAAUUCAAUAGAUAAUUUCAUUAAAUUAAAUAUGACUAAAAGCAUGAUGUUUAUUGAUCAUUACCAAGCAUUGUUUUCUAUUGAUAAAGAAGCAUUACGUUCUGAAAUGACUGUAGCACACAACUGUGCCAUACAGUUAAAACCAAAUUUUGGUUUAGAAGAAUUAAAAACCAUUAUUUCAAAAGAAGUCUAUCCUAAUAUUCAUUCCUUACUUAAAGUAGCCCUGAUACUACCUAUCAGUUCUGCAUCGUGUGAACGAUCUUUUUCAGCCAUGCGUCGUAUCAAAAACUGGACUAGAACAUCUAUGACACAAGAUCGUUUUGGUUAUCUUUCUGUAUUGCACAUCGAGAGAGAUAUUGUUAAUAAUCUAGACCUCAAUAUUAUACUAGACGAAUACUCAAAGAAAGACCGUCGUAUAGAUUUAAUAUUAUAGUAAAAAAUGUAAAUAAAAUAUAUUAUAUAUCAUGUAGAAAAAUAAUAACAUAUAAAUUGAUAUAAUAUAUUAUUAUUAAUAAAAAA